UAUUAAACUCAGUCUGAUUAAAUUCUUUCCACCUAAUAUAUAUAUAUAUAAGAAAAUAUCGACAGCAAAUAUUUUAUAUAUAUAUACCAACAAUUAUUGUCUCCCAGAGUCACAGAAGUCCACCUUCAGGAUUCAGUUUCUGGCAUACUCUCUUGAACUAUACGCCAUGAAUGGGCACAGAGACGAAAAUUCUUGCUGCUAUUUCCAUCCUAAACAGGUACUUGUGGGGGUCUGUCCUCUAUGCUUAAAUGAGAGACUCCUUGUAUUGGCUGCAAAGCAAGGUCAGCUUCCAUCAACUCUUAGACCUCAAUCCUUCACUACUCAUGCCAGGAAGCCUUCCAUCAGCUUCCCUAAGAUCUUUGCUUUUGAUUCUCUUCUCAACCGCCUCGAAUUCCGCCAUGGGAAGUCUUCUCAUAAAUCUGAUGCUUCCACUAGUCAAGAAGAGUCCUUCAUAUCAAUAAAGUUUGAAGACAAUGGAGCAGCCUUAUGGGAAAAGGGCACUGUCUCUAAUAAGGUAACUGUGAAGCAAUGCACCAACUCUGGGAACCAUAAUCUGAAUAAUCAAAACAAGGAUUUUAAACAACCCGAAGACACUAUGGAGACAAUAAGCGAGAUGCAUAAUACAAAACCGCGUUCAUUGAUGAGGUGGCGAAAGCGAAUUGGCCAUGUAUUUCAAGUCAUCAGAUGGAAGAGUUCCAAAAGAAGAAACGACGUGGGCCAUGUAAGCACCGAGGUUGAGGGAGUCAAGGAGAGAAAGAGCUGGAUAAGGACUCUGACAAAGAGAAGAACCUAAGAAUAAAAAAGAGAAGACAAGAAUUUGCAUAGUGUGGGUUGAGCCUCCUUUCUGAACCUUAAAGCUCUCAACUAUUGAGAUAAAAAAAAUUUCAAAAUCCUCAACUUUGUAUUAUAUGAAUAGCUCUUUUUUCAUGUUCAUAAAAAAUAGCAUAAAGAUUAUUUUGAUAUAACUAUUAUCUUAUUGGGCAAUAAUUUUCAGUUUGAUGACCGUUGGAUUUUUUCAUCCCAUUUCGUGGCCGGGCCGAUAGUAGCCCACAAUCAGCAGGCUCCUAAAAACCCCAAAUAAGUCAGUCCCAACCCGUUCAUUCUCCUGAUCGGACUCCUAUUUAAGUCACCCAAUUAGACCGGUCCGGCCCAUUUCAGUCUUAAAGGCAGCCCUUUUCUAGGUUCUGGUCCUUUUCCCUCAAACCCGGUCACAAGAAAAAAAGACUGCAGGUCCAGUCAUUUCGCAGCCUUGUCCAUUCGCGCGUCGAAGGGAAUUAAAUGCUUGCCUGACACAGAAAGGGUCAUGGAGUUAUUCGUACGCACGGACCUGCACCAAGGGGUAGGUGGUUCUAUAGCGGAAAGGCCAUGUCGCGUGUGAGGGAGAAGAAAGAGUAUAAAAGGGAGAAAACACUCUCCUCUAGACCUAAACUUUUUGCUAAGUUCACAGAUCUCUUGUAAAACCCUAUUUUAUGGAUCUCAGAUUAUUACGGUUUAGAGAUUAAAAAAAUAUUUAUUUAUUUAAUAUUUAUCAGAAGCGUCAGUAACUUCUAAAACAGCUAAUAGCUAUUACGUUAAGAAAAUUAAUAUAGAAAAUAGCAAAGUUGCAUGUGAGGUGCACAUUUAAAGCAGGAAACAAUGCAGCAGACAGGGGCCCUAAUGCAUGUGUUGGAACUUGUCAUAUAGUUGCGUUGUAGGUGGGUACAUAAAUAUAGGUUGUUCCUUGUAUGUCGAUAAUGUUUGUUUGAUGAAUAAGAGAAAAGGGUUCAUUUUCAUUGUCA